AUGAACAAUAUCAGGCCCAGCGCCAGAGCGAGGAGCGCGCGCGGUGGGCUGCCGGAGUCCGGGCGGCAUUUCCUCCUCACCCCCGUACCCCUCCCACCUAGGACCCUGACGGGCAACCAGUCCCAGCUCUCCUGGGAGGGCUCCCUCCUGGAACCCCCGGCGCUGCUGGACGGGGUCACGGUGGUCAUCAUAUCGCCCAGAAAGCCCGUGACAGUCGGCACGGUGGCGAGGGCGUGUGGCAGCUUUGAGUGCGAGGACCUCAGGAUAGUCAUGCCCAGACAGGAGUCGUACAUCACCCGCAGACACGCCAAGAGCGCCAGCAAGGGUGCGCAGUACAUCCUGUACCGGGCAGCGCAUUACGACUCCAUAGCCCAGGCCACAGCGGACUGCGAAGUGCGCAUCGCCUUCACCCGCUGGUCCCAAGCCAGCUCGCCUCACGUGUUCAAGGUGGACAUCAGCAGCCUCGCCGACCACCCGGCUGUGCAUGACGUCAUCACACAACCGCUGAAGGACACGGGGACGAGGAGAGCGCCCCGAGCAGCCACCGCCACCGCUGAUAAUGGCGCUGGUGCUGGUGCUGGUGCUGGUGGCAGCGAUAUCUCAUCGCCGCCGGCGCCGCUACCUUCGCGGCCGACACCCGCGACCUGGUCGGCGGCGACGGCCGCUGCAGCGGAGGCGGCGGAAGUACGGCUGGCGGCGGCAUCGGUGUUGUCCAGCUCUGGCGGCAGUGGUGAUGACGAGAACGAGGAGCCACCGCCGGCCCAGCAACCUAGUCAACAGCAGCAGCAGCAGCAGCAGCGGGAGGCACUCGCCACGUCAUCAGGUUGGGCUUCCACGGGCUGCGAUAGCCGAGGUACAGACAGUUACCCCAGCUCCGGCUACGAAAGAAACCCCGCGGCCACGAGCAGUUUCCAACAGCCACAUCAUCACCACUGCCACCACGCCGAGCACCAGCAUAAGCUGCAACCCGCUUCCUCCAGUGACGGCAGCAGCAGCAUGAGUAACGCGGCUGUUGUAGCCGGUGCGGGUGCGGAGGGACCCACGGGUCGGCGGCCUCCUCGUGUGGCACUCGUGUUUGGCCGCGAGGAGCUGGGUAUGAGUGACGAGGAGGUGGACAGCUGUGAGGAGUCCCUCAGUCUAUCACAUGCAGUCAGCAUCGCCCUGUGCACCCUCUACCAAGCUCGACUGAACCACCUAACAGGCGCAGCGGGGGAACAGGCUAUAGCAGCAGCAGCAGCAGCUGGUGAGGCGCAGUUGCUGCUACAGCCACACCUGCACGUGCUGAGCUGA